UUACCUGCGGUCUUCUCUUGCUUUUCUCGCUUUACUAUGUAGAUUAUCGUCAUUUCUACACUUGCGUAGUCCCUGAAGGCAUCAGUCCGACUGUCGUUCAUAGCAACAGUGCGCUCGGUCUAAGGAGUCGUAAAACAAGCGACGUUAGCACUGUGUGGAAAAAAACAUCAAUACUGGUGCCUUCUUCUCUGGCGGGAUGGACAGUACUGAGACUGAGCAGAACACAACUCAGAGCAAAGAGGAGAAUAAUGAUGCUGAUGACCCUUCUUCAAAUGACUGUGGCUCUGAGAGGGACAGUAAUGUCCCCCAUGGCCCUGUCGGGACCCAGGUAUGGGCAGGGCCCCCUUCAGAUGUCAGUCCGCCUGGAAUGGUUCCUCAACCUCUCCAACAUUCCACCCAGCCAGGAAUGGUGGAUCCUCUCAGCUAUAGGUUCCACUGUCUGUAUCAGUCCUCUCAGUGUCAGCUGACCUAUCCAGACUACCUCCUAGAGCCCCAGUCUAGCCAGUAUAACCUCCUCACUGGCCCUGUACCUGGUCCACCAGACAGCAGCCAUCACAGCUCAGCUUCUGCUCCUUGGUUUACCAAUGAACCCAUUCUAUGCAGCAUGAUGCCGGGGGAUUUACAUGCCCCUGUAGCUGGUAUCUGUGUACCACAGGCCAUGGACCACCAGCAGUUUCAGGAUGGACUGACUGGAGUCACAUCCCAUAUCACACAGCCUGUGGUGUGUAAUGUGAGUGGAGGUGGACAGGUUGUGCUGGUGAACCCCUGUGAUCCAGGACCUGUGUUCUUUACCCUGGAGUCUGCACCAGCUCAAAGACAUGAUGAGCAGAUUCAGGGGAAAGCAGAUGUUUUGGGGACUCCCAGCCAGUACCACCAGACAGCCUGUCCUCUGUAUGAGUCCAGAGAUCAGACAGCUAACAUGCAGCCUCAAGCCCCUCCAGCACGAACUGUUGGGACUUUGUGUGAAUCAAAGUCCAGGAAACCUUGUCAUUGUACCAGAUCUCAGUGCCUCAAACUCUACUGUGAGUGUUUUGCCAAUGGAGUGAUGUGCAGCAACUGUGACUGUUCUAACUGUCACAACAACGCAGAGCAUGAGCUGAAGCGUCACAAAGCAAUCAAGUCCUGUUUAGGUCGUAACCCAGAUGCCUUCAGGCCAAAAAUUGCUGGUGGGAAGUCAGGAGAGGUCAAAGGUUGGCAUAAUAAAGGCUGCAACUGUAAACGCUCUGGCUGCCUUAAGAACUACUGCGAGUGCUAUGAGGCCAACAUCAUGUGCACCUCCAGCUGUAAAUGUGUCGGCUGUAGAAACUAUGACGACGGCUCAGAAAUGUGUCCCGGCGAGAAGGCUGUACAUGUCAAGGACAAAUGGGACGUGUCGGUGAUAACCCCUGCUGUGGUGGAGGCUGUGUGUGCCAGUCUGCUUGCCCAGGCUGAGGAGGCUGAGAUGGAGGCCCAGAGCCUCGCCCAGGCUGAGCACAUGAUCCUGGACGAGUUCGGACACUGUCUGACACAGAUUGUCAAAGCCAUGUCCAAGUACAACACAUACUGACACCUCAGAGUUACACUCUGACCCAGACUCACGCUAACAUGUUUUGAGUUAACUACUACUUGUGUAUCAGUUUAAUUACAGCAUAGUGUUACAGCUCAGUAUUGUGUUCUUGGGGAGCUUUAGAGGUUAUUGUAUUACACACCUCACUCUGACUGUUAAUACUGAACAUAUCAAACAGUUCACUGGAGAGGUGUCAUGAGAUUAUUUGUGCUGUUACAUUUCGGUGUCUGAUUUCUUAAGAGCAGAGUUGCAGCUCUGGUUGUGAAACACAAGCAUUCAACUCUCAGGUGUACUCCAUUGCCUUCCUUGUGAAAUAACAAAUACAAUCUAUACAUGUGAAUGAAUGUAAAUAUUUUAAAACUGGAAAUUAUUUAACUUAUUUAUUCUUCUGUAUAUAAGUUGUGGUUGUAAUGACUACUACUUACUUGUUUUUCAAUAUGUUUAUUCAUUUUUAGAUUAACCUUGAAAAUGAUUUCAUUUAUAAGCAGAACAAGAACACAUAAAAAUAAUAUUUAGUAAUACUUCUGGCAUCUGGUGUGUAGUGGAGGUUAAUAAAUCAUAACCAGAAAGCAGUCA